CAUCUGUACAGAUAUUAAUAAAUGAUGAAGUUGGGAAGACAUAUAAAGUAGUAAAAAUGGCCAUAAGUUCAGUGAGUGUAGAUGAAGGUGAAUUAAGAAGUAAUGUGGCAUUAAAAGUAAUAGACAGAUAUAGUGAAUUGAAUUGUAAGUUGGAAGCGUUAGUAAAAUUAGCAGAAUAUGAAUGA